CAGCUUUCGACAUUGGAACAGUUCUUUAUUAUACGGCAUCAAGUAUUGACAGGUGAUUAUGAGCCAGAUCCAGGACCUUUAUGGUGCUCUGCCCUUGGCUUCAGAUCCUUUUGUUACGGGUGCGCACCUACCCGGCAUGGCUGACUAGUGGCCACCAAAUCGGCAAUGGAUGCAGUCGUCGACACCGUUACCGCUCGUAGGAUCCAUGAUGUGUUGUUGCUCAGUCCUGUGUUUAUUUCGUCUCCUUCAGAAUGGUGCGAUCAGCAACAAAAAAGACACUCCUUGUAAAUGCUGGUGCAAGAGAGAAAAGGAGAAAUACGUGCCAGGUGUUUCCCCCUUUCACAGUUCCCAGCUAUAUAACUACUACAUUAGCAAGACUGAGAGCAGCGGUCGCAAGGGGUGCAAUAAAAAGGGGCAUGUCAAGCGUCAUUUCCGAAACUUUCUUGGCAGGGUGAAGGAAGAUCGACAACGUCCUUUCCUUUUUUGUACAACACAUGGAGCGCUAUGUAUCCACCACUCAUGUUUUAGUGAGUUGCUGAUGAUCCUUGUAUCAAGAUAUUCUUGCACGCGUUUUGGGGAGAAGCGCAAGCGACAUGUGGUUUGGUUCAAUAUACCUGAUUUUCGCUGCGUCCACAUACGCAGAAGGUUGGGUGGCAUCACUGUAAACAAAAUAGAGCGUUUUUGGUUGACCAGAGCCAAUCAGACCCGCACUUGAUCGCUCGAGAACAUAGCGUGAGGCGUGGUUCAUGUGAAAAGUGGGGUUGUUAGAGAACCGGACCCACGUUCUUGUUAGUGAUUUACAUGUUUUCUCGUUUGUCUAGCGAUGGAUGACUAGAACUGUGCCCAUCAGGCCUUAAAAAUAAAUCCGCA